AUGAGCGAGCGCGCAUUGGGAGGUGUAGUUUGCCAAUUAACGAACACAAUGCUAGCUUCCACACGUGGAACGGCGUUGAGGCGGGCAUUUGCCGCUUCGCCAGCCACGACGAUACCAGCUUUUCUUGUGCCAGCUCUGCAACAGCCUCUGUCGAGAUGCCAGUUCUCCUCGACACCGACACGGUACUCGAAGCUCGGGCGGACGCCGGUUUCGAUUCCCCCAGGCGUCAAGCUAGCUAUCAGCGAGCCGAAGCUGAAGAAGGACCCGACUAGCUACAUGAAGAUUUACAAGAGGACUGUCACCGUCACGGGACCUCUGGGCGAAUUGGAUCUCGAGAUUCCGCCGUUUUUGAAGAUUGACUACGAUGCAGAGGGCAGCACGGCAGUUCUCAGCGUAGAGGAUUCGAACAUUAAGGAGCAGAGCGAGAUGUGGGGAACGACAUGGGCAUACCUCCAGCGCUACAUCAUGGGCGUCUCCGAGGGCCACACGGCGAUCCUCCGCCUGGUGGGCAUCGGAUACCGCGCGAGCGUCGAGCAGCGCGGCCGCCUUGAGGAGUUCCCCGGCCAAAUGUUCCUUUGCCUAAAGCUCGGCUUUACGCACCCGAUCGAGAUGGGCAUCCCGCGCGGCGUCAAGGUCACGGCGGCGAGCCCGACGCGCAUCCUGCUGGAGAGCAUUGACCGGGAGGAGAUGAUGAGCUUCGCGGGACGCGUGCGCAAGUGGCGGCCGCCGGAACCGUAUAAGGGCAAGGGCGUCUUCAUCGACGACCAGACAAUCAAGCUGAAGCAGAAGAAGAUCAAAUAG